AUGGCUGAGAAGCUGGGACCGGCUGGGCCUAAGCCCGCCAGCGUCCGCCCUGCGCCCUCUCUGCCCCCCGAACCCAUAGACAUCAUCCGCACCAAAGCCCGCUCCCGCAGAGUCCGCCUUAACGUCGGAGGCCUCAACCACGAGGUGUUGUGGCGAACCCUGGACCGGUUACCCAGGACCCGACUUGGCAAGCUCAGAGACUGCAACACCCACGAGUCCCUGAUGGAGAUAUGCGACGACUACAGCCUGAAUGAGAACGAGUACUUUUUCGACCGGCACCCGGGGGCGUUCACCUCCAUCCUAAACUUUUACCGCACGGGCAAGUUGCACAUGAUGGAGGAGAUGUGCGCCCUGUCUUUUGGCCAGGAGUUGGACUACUGGGGGAUCGACGAAAUCUACCUGGAGUCCUGUUGCCAGGCCCGCUACCACCAGAAGAAGGAGCAGAUGAACGAGGAGCUGCGCAGGGAGGCGGAGACGCUGAGGGAGAGGGAGGGAGAGGGAGAGUUUGAUAACACCUGCUGCCCAGACAAGAGGAGGAAACUGUGGGAUCUCCUGGAGAAGCCCAGCUCCUCUGUGGCUGCCAAGAGGGCAUCGGGAAUAUGGGGAGAUGGAGUGGGGACGGGGUGGGAGAGAGUCAUCAUUCUGAAGGCUGUGAACACCAGUGCCUUUGCUGUUGCCCACACACGCUAUAAAGAGCUGGUGAAUACCUAUUCCUGUGAGAUCGAGGAGUUUGUGCCACUACAGAGAGCCGGAAUGCUGGUCGUGACAGGGUUUCUGUGCCACGUGUCAACGCAGGGGGCAAAUAGUGAGGGGAAGCACCCCGAGGUUAGAACGGGGAAGUAUGUUUUAAUAAGCUCGUGGAACAUGAGCAAAGUCCCAUCCCUCCACAUUUUGGGGAUUCAGGAGUGGAACGGCAAAGGCAUGGCCAUGAUGAGCCUUGAAAGUGAUGGAUAA